AUGAAUAAACGCAACGCAUCAACGUCAAAACCUCCUGCCAAAAAAGGAAAAUUCAACGACGAUGAUGAUGAUGAGGAGCUACCCAGCUCUUUUGUCGCCGAAUUGGCGACAAUGAAUGACAUGGAUGAGGACUUUGGCGAUGUCAGUCAGUUUUUUGAUGAAGAGGGUCCCGUAGACGAGAGUCCAUCUUUAAAAUGGGCGCGUCCACCAGUUCCCGAGCUAGACCCGAGCAAAGAUGCCCUAAUCUUCCAACAAAUCGAAGUAGACCACUACAUUGGGAAGCCUAUUAAUGGAAUGCCCGGAAGCAGAGGAGGUUCUAUUCCCAUAAUUCGUAUGUUCGGGGUGACCAUGUCGGGUAAUUCUGUAUGCUGUCAUGUCCACGGUUUCUGUCCUUACCUCUAUGUGUCAGCGCCUCCAAAGUUCACCAAUCAGAACUGCCGUCCUUUUCGCGACGCGUUGGACACUGCCCUAAGAAAGGACAUGCGUAGUAACCCAGAGAACAUUGCCGAGAUCGUGCUUGCUGUGUCCUUAGUCCAGAAGAGAAACGUCUACGGAUACGCCGGACCCGACUUUAGCCCCUUCCUCAAAAUCACCCUGGCGGUUCCCCGGCUGGUCGCCGCUUGUAAACGGGUCCUGGAGCGGGAAGUAGUCUACCCCACAUUUACCCACGAGUACCGCGCCUUUGAAAGCAACAUCGACUUCGACAUCCGCUUCAUGGUCGAUACCGGUGUCGUCGGGUGUUCUUGGAUCGAAUUACCUCCGGGGAAAUGGCGCCAACGCACCAAACAUGGGCAUAAUCUGCCUAUGAUCACCCGCUGCCAGAUCGAGGCUGACAUUGCCUGGGACGAAUUCAUCGCCCACGCUCCCGAAGGCGAGUGGUCCAAAGUUGCCCCUAUCAGAAUCAUGAGCUUCGAUAUCGAGUGUGCAGGCCGCAAGGGAAUCUUCCCCGAGGCUAACCACGACCCAGUGAUCCAGAUCGCGAACAUGAUAAUCCGUCAAGGUGAACCUGAACCCUUCCUCCGGAACAUCUUUACUCUAGACACUUGCGCCCCCAUAGUAGGAUGCCAGGUUCUCAGCUUCACUACUGAGAACCUGAUGCUGCAAAAAUGGGCCGAGUUUGUCCGCGUAGCUGACCCUGAUAUCUUCACCGGGUAUAACAUAAACAACUUCGACUUUCCCUAUCUGAUAAAUCGCGCCAACCAUCUCAAAGUCAAUAAUUUCUGUUUCCUGGGAAGAAUCAAGGAUAAGAAGUCUGUAAUCAAAGAUACGGUCCUUCAAAACAAACAGAUGGGCCGUCGUGAAAAUAAGUACAUAAACUUCGAAGGUCGCGUACCUUUCGACUUACUUCUGGUUCUAGUUCGCGACUACAAGCUCAGAUCCUACACCCUGAACGCGGUCAGUUACCACUUUCUGCAAGAGCAAAAGGAAGAUGUCCACCACAGCAUAAUAACUGAUCUACAAAAUGGCGAUGCGCAGACACGCCGUCGGUUGGCAGUUUACUGCUUAAAGGACGCUUAUCUUCCACUGCGUCUCCUGGACAAACUAAUGUGUAUUAUUAUUUAUAUGGAAAUGGCGCGUGUUACUGGUGUAACGUUGCCCAGUUUGCUCACUCGCGGCCAGCAGAUAAAAGUAGUAUCCCAGUUGCUCCGCAAGACGCGCGAGCACGACUACUUGAUGCCAGUCCAUACUGGUGCUAUUAGCGAGGAACAAUUUGAUGGCGCCACUGUAUUGGAACCAAAGCGCGGGUACUAUAGUGACCCAAUAGCGACUCUUGAUUUCAGUUCUCUGUAUCCCAGUAUUAUAAUGGCACACAAUUUGUGCUACACCACUCUGUUGUCCCAGGGUGCCAAGAAUAAGCUGUCUAUCAGCGAUGAAGAUAUUACCUGGACUCCAUCGAAUUCUAUGUUCGUGAAAAGCAACCUGCGCAAAGGAAUCCUCCCGGAAAUUUUGGAGCAUCUGCUGCAGGCGCGUAAGAAAGCCAAGGCUGAACUGAAGAAAGAAACAGAUCCUCUUAAGCAGAAGGUUCUUGAUGGAAGACAAUAUGCGCUGAAAGUCUCUGCUAAUUCUGUCUACGGAUUUACUGGAGCCCAAGUUGGGAAGCUUCCUUGUCUGGAAAUCUCCGCUAGUGUCACCGCGUUUGGACGGCAGAUGAUUGACUUCACCAAGCAGCAAGUGGAAGAGCAGUACCGUAUCGCGAAUGGAUAUGAGCAUGACGCGAAAGUUAUUUAUGGAGACACUGAUUCGGUAAUGGUUAAGUUUGGAACCAAGAAGAUUGAAGAGGCCAUGAGGUUAGGUCAGGAAGCUGCGGACUUCGUUACCGGGAAGUUCAUCAAGCCGAUAAAGCUCGAGUUUGAGAAGGUCUAUUUCCCGUACUUGCUGAUCACUAUUGCAUUGGUUAUUUUUUUCGAAAUUAUUGAAACUUUUAAUUGA